CAGUCAUUAAUCGCUCGUGAGUUAUAGUCGUACGAACUGUCACCUGCCGUCUGAACGAUCCGCAUAAACGCGAAUUCUAAUAGUUGUGACACGAUAAUUUUGCGAUCGUUGCUCGACUCGCGAGAUAUUUUCCGCACCCCGAUUGCAGACCGCCGACUCAUUGUCAACGAGAAGGAAGCAACAGUCCGAAAAUCGAUUUAUAGUGUAUGUUCGGUGUUGGGAGUGUGAUACUGAAAAAUGGCAGCCAUCAUCAGAGCCUUAUUGAACGGCUAUCACGCGUUCAAUGUUGAACUGGCAGAUCCAAGAACGCAGUCAUGGUUUCUCAUUGGGUCACCUUGGCCUAUCCUGGGCUUGAUGUUUUGCUAUAUUCAUUUCGUGCUGUCCCUCGGACCGAGGUUGAUGAAGGACAGGAAACCGUUCAACCUGGACAAAGUGAUGCAAAUAUACAACGUCGUACAAAUAUUAGUGUCAGCAUACCUGCUUUACAAGGCACUCACUCUUGCCUGGCUCUGGGAAUACAGUUACGUCUGUGAACCCGUCGACUAUUCGAAGACACCGAAAGCAAUCGAGAUCGCAGCGACUGUAUGGCUCUACUUCAUAGUGAAGUUAAUAGACUUGUUGGACACUGUGUUUUUCGUCUUACGGAAAAAGCAGAGCCAAAUAUCGUUUCUUCACGUUUACCACCACGCCGGAAUGGUGAUAGGUACAUGGGCUGGGGUCAAGUUCCUGCCAGGCGGACACGGAACCUUUUUAGGAGUGGUGAAUUCCUUCGUGCACAUAAUAAUGUACUCGCAUUACCUCGUAACAUCAAUGAAGACCAGCAAGCCGUGGUGGAAAAAGCACAUAACGCAACUGCAGCUGAUACAGUUCGUCAUUAUACUGUUUCACUUCCUGCAGCUGAUGUGGGUUAAGGACUGCGGAUACCCAAGGUGGACGGCGUUAAUUUUCGUACCGCAAAACCUAUUCAUGAUCGUGCUAUUCGGUGACUUUUACUACAAGACUUAUGUGAAGAAACCGGCUGCCAAGAAAUACCCGGAACAGAACGGCGUCUCGAAGAAAAAGAGCAUUCCCAACGACAAGUUCAACUAGCUCGGAGCAAAAUCUCCGAGACUCAUCCUAGUAUGUCUAUAUAUAAACGUCAUCCUCGCCUUGUUUCAGAAACUGAGUACGUAGUCAUUAAUUUGUCGACAUAAUGAUUAAAAUCAAAUACCAAAUACAGAAACAAAAUGAUAAAACUGAAAAGAUAUUGUACAACCAAUGCAAAUGUGAAUGAAUGUGAAUUUAAUAAUAACAUUGACGAAUAUGCACAA